CUCAAAGAGCAGCUCUAAAGCGUGCCUGCAGACCAGCUUUCUCCUCAUGUUUGACCCCUGGAGUCGAUAUGUCCAAUGCCAGACCAGGUGAUGGUGCCACCAAAGGUGAGGACAGAUUCAACCGCAGAUCUGCAAAACAUUAACGUUGCAGGGAGAAGAUGAUCUACUCCAUCCUGCUGCUCAUCUGCCUGAGCUGCUGUGUCUGUGCAGGAUCAAUUGAAGUGAAUACAACUCAGAGUUUCUACGAGGCAAAGGAGAAUGAAAACAUCACACUGGAGUGGACGUUCCCUGCCGAAGAUGACAGCUCACUACGCUCUCUUGAUGUCUACUGUGCCAUGUCUAGGGAGGAGAAAUACUCAGGCCUGUUUCGUCUUGUUCGUGGAGAUGAGGUCCCCUGGGUUCAGCAUCAACAGUUUGCAGGACGAGUUCACUGUGACAGAAAAGUCCUCAAAGAGGGACAGCUCAAACUUGGUCUGUCCUCACUCAGGAUGACUGACUCAGGCCGAUACGAGUGUGAGGUGGUGACGUGGUCUGGUGUAGGCAUGGGUCACUGCCAACUCAAUGUAAUAGAAGCAACAGUUCGACAUCAGACUGUAGUGACGGCUGGACUUGUGAGACCAAAGAAUCUGGGAUGUAGCGCUCUCCUCACUGGACCGUCAGUUCUGCCAGCAGUGCUGCUUGUUGGGUUGUUUGUUUUCUCUUAAAGUUUUGUUGCUUUGCAUUCAGAAAAAAAGCUUAAAUCAGGGGUGUUCCAGCAAAUUCAAAAACUAAAAUGAAGUAUGGCCGGCAUUAGAACAGAAAGCUUGUGCUUGAACUCAACUCAAGGCAGUACUGCUCUGAUAGUUCUGGAAACAUUAUGACUAGAUUAUUCCAGUGAUGUACAUUUUCACAACUAAACUGAGGUGAUAGUAUAAAUGGUAAAUAUAUUUACAACAAAAUAAUAACAAUGUCUCAAUUCAUAACGCCCUGGGCUAUGGCAGAAAAUAGCAGAAUGAAUGGUGCAGACCAGGAGCAGAUCCAGUGGUAGACAGAGCUGAUUAAGCCCCCCUAAAAUCUGGACCUGCCUGUCCAAAACCCUUAAUAAUUAUAGGUUCUUUGCAGAUGAUGUCACUCAGCAGUAGCGAACAUCCCUUGGGGGGUAAGAAGUGAUUUCUGCAUAGAGAAACGCUACAAAAAGGCCAUAUUUUGAACGGUUUACAACUAUGCAUUAGCUUAUUAAACUCUGACAUUUCUUCCGCUGAUGUCUGUCCAGUCUCACUCGCUGUGAUGGGAAAUCCAUCUCUCUUUAAGAGAUCUGGAUCAUUUAGCUCAGCUCGGUAGAGCUAAUUGAUCCCAAAUGGCUCUUCAUCUGGUACCAGUUUGGCUUUUUAAAUGUGGAUUGAAUAACGACAAAGGAUGGAGGAAAAGAAACUGGUACUCAAACGCAGCUACGUAGCUACAGUGGUUCACAUUAAAGAGCCGUUUCAGAGGACAGGUUCGUUUGUGAACGGCACAUCAUUAAUUAGUCGCCUACCCUAAAGUUUACCUUCUAUUAAACUCAUGUUUGUGACAAAACAAGGAUGUUUUUUUUAUGUUAAAGGGACUUGGCUAUCAACAAGACUCUUGUGGCCUUCAUCUAGCUAGACAACCCUUGGAGGUCUGCGAUACUGAUCGACUCCACACUAUUGAUUGAUUGAUCUAAUGUUCCCAUUCAUUCCUAAUGUCUGUCCCACACUUCCUGCCCCCCACCAGGCAUUCUGGAUCACAUGAUUUCAAACAACCUACUGACCAUAUGCCUUGGCGGCUAUAAAUGAAAAGCUGAAAGUGAUGUCGGCUGGUUUUUAUUCCAUUUCUAAGUGCAUCUUAACCUACACUGGAUUGGUUUCACUCAUUUAAAGGCGAGCUUUAUCAAAAGGGCCCAGUCAUCCUUAUAUUUAUCUGAAUGUGGUGAAAAAAGUUUUAACACCCCUGCUUUAAGCGAGGUGUGAUUGUGUGAAAGGUGUCGCCACAUGACCAGAUGUGAUAAAUGUGUGUAUGGAUGUGUUUUAAACCAUGGACUGAGGUUGUGGGUUCAAUGAAAUGACUAAGGUGUUCUUCAAAUGUAAUGACAUCCUAAUAAUCAUUAUAUAGAACAACAGAAUCAUCUGAAAUCUGUACUUGUCCUUUAACGUUUAUCAUGUGCACUGAAAAACCUCAGACUCAUCACAUUGACUGUAUAUUUAACAUUUUUGACCAUUUUUUCAACAAUGAUGUGAAAAUCUGAGGGCUGAUAAGACGACUGAUGGGGGUCCAUGCAUCGUCUCUCAGGCACUUUUAAAAUCCGUAACCAAUGUUACAACGUUUACGAUGCCUUUGAGUCAGUGCCUUAUUUCUGUUUGUCUUAUUUCAAACAGCUUAUGGUUCGUCUACCAUGGAUCGUUAUGGCACCAUGGCAAAAUUUACUUCUAAUAUGGAGAAAAUAUUUUUUUACUAGUAGAACCACACUGUUGAUCUUUAUAAUGGAGCUCUGUUUUUAAAUGAUUUCUACGAAAUGUAGGAUUAUUUUUCUGCUGUUAUAUUGUUGGUAUACUUCUUAUCUUUUACACAGCUGGUUCUUGCUUUCGCUGUCUUACCUGUUAGAAAAAUGCUCUGCUCAGUUUCUGUUAAAGAAAAUGUUGGAUAAGUUUGAUUUUUUUGUACCUUUAUCAGAAAUAUGCAGUUCAAAUGUCAUUUUUGUAUCUUAUAAAAUGUUUUUUUAAAAAGAACUGCAGGCAGGGAUAAUUUGAAAAAUGAAUAGUAAAGUUUGACCUUACUUUUAUAUGUACCUUGCACUAAUGUUUUUGUUUUUUGUUUGUUUUGUUUUGUUUUGUUUGUUUGUUUUGUUUUUUUUUUUUUUUUUUUUACAAAAAGCUGUCGUGUAUGUAUGGCAUAUUUUAAAGAUUUAAUUUUUACCUUUAUCAGGAAUUUCCAACUAAAAUGAUAUUUUUGCAAUUUUUAAAAGGAUCAAGCAGGAACAAAUAUAUAAGAUUAACUAUAUUUUUAUACCUUCCUUGCACUAAUGCCUUUGUUUUAAUUUUUUAAUCAAUUCACAAAAACUAUAAAUGCAUUAUGGCACAUGUUUGUUGUGUAUUUUAAUUGCACCUUAUCAGAAAUAUCAUCCAGUUAAAAAGUUACUUUUGUAUUCUAUAGAAAGUUUUUUUUAAAUACGUCUGAAUGGGAAAUAAUGAAGAAGAGCUGUAAAGCUCAAUCUUAAUUUUAUACCUAACUUGCACUUGUGUGUUUGUAUUUUUUUAUUUGUGUUUGUUUGUUUAAUCUUCUAUGGUCUGUUGAUUUUAUAUUUUUCUAUUGUUUUUUGUACAAAUA